AUGGGUACACAAAGUCGGGAACAGUCCACAACAACAUUACAGCGAAAAAAUGGAUUAUCAUCAUCAUCAUCGUCAACAUCAUCGAAGAUCCAGACAUUCCAGGAUGCCAUUUUACAUUUCAAAAAAAAUGACCGGGUUAAAACAUAUGACAUGCAGGUACCACGACCUCUUACUGUCUCCUGGAACUGUGAUGGUACUCGCCUUGCCGCAGGAGCGGAAAAAAGUGUAUCAGUGAUAACAUUUGAUUCAUCAUUUCGAAUCAAAACAAUUUUCCGUGGCUUUGGUCACAAUGAGCAGGUUGAUCAAGUUGCUUUCCAUCCAUCAAAUCCGUAUUUGUUAGCUUCAGCCAGCGCGGACAAAUCUGUUCGAUUGUGGGAUAUUCGACAGGCACGGACACAUACUAGAUUAAAUACUAAAGCGCAGAAUUUGAAUGUGGCCUGGUCACCCUGUGGUACAUAUUUGGCAUAUGGAGACAAGGAAGAUUCUUUAAGUAUUCUUGAUAGUCGAAAUUUGAAAACAAUCAAAGUUGAAUCGUUGAAAGAUGAAGUGAAUGAAUUUGCAUUUGACCCAUCUGGGAAAUAUUUAUUUGUGGCGAUGGGAAGUGGACAAGUCAACAUUUUCUCGACACCGGAUGUGACACAUCAGCGAAUGUUGCAAGCACAUCCCGCCCAAGCUACUUGCGUUUGUUUGGCCAUUUCACCUGAUGGUCGACGUUUUGCCGUCGGUGCAUCGGACGCCGUAUGCUCGAUUUGGGACGCUAAUGAGCUGAUCUGUGAGUCAAAUAUGGGAAGAUUGGAUUAUCCCUUACGUUCGAUCUCAUUCAGUGCAGACAGUCAAAUGAUAGCCUGUGCAAGUGAAGACCAUUUUAUUGAUAUUUGUUGGGCUGAAAAUGGUGCAAGAGUGCAUGAACUUCGAGUAAAUGCGGAAACGUUUACGUGUGCUUGGCAUCCGAGUACGUAUCUGCUUGCGUACGCUUCAGCUCCAUCUCUAGAUAGCCGUGAUCGUGAAGUUACAGUCAACAUUUUUGGAUUUACUAUGUGA